GGCCCUGGCUAGUGAUAUUUUAUAUAACACAUUUGUGAUAGCUUAUUAAAAAUAUGGCGGAUUCCGCAGGAAAUUGGUGUCUGAUUGAAAGUGAUCCUGGCGUUUUUACAGAAUUAAUUAAAGAAUUCGGCGUCAAAGGUGCACAAGUGGAAGAAUUAUGGAGUUUGGAUGAUGAACAAUUCAACGAACUCAAGCCUAUUCAUGGUUUAAUAUUUUUAUUCAAAUGGGUUCAAGACGAUGAAUUAUCAGGAAAUAUUGUGCAAGAUAAUAGAUUGGACAAAAUAUUUUUUGCAAAACAGGUAAUAAACAAUGCGUGUGCGACACAAGCAAUACUGAGUGUUUUAUUAAAUUGUAAACAUGUUGACAUAUCCUUAGGACCAAAUUUAGAGGAAUUUAAAAAUUUUUGUCAAAGCUUUGACGCAAAUAUGCGUGGACUUGCUCUUAGCAAUUCUGAUGUUAUAAGAGAAGUACAUAAUUCUUUUUCCAGACAGACCCUAUUUGAAUAUGACUCAAAGCAGGCAUCUAAAGACGACGAUGUGUUUCAUUUUGUGAGUUAUGUUCCAAUCGAUGGUCGUUUAUAUGAAUUAGAUGGGUUAAAAGAUGGACCAAUUGAUCUAGGUCCAUGUCCAGUAGGGGAACAAUGGGUACAAGCUGCAAAACCUAAUAAUUACAAAAGACGAAUAAACAAAUAUAAUGAAGGCGAGAUUCAUUUUAAUCUUAUGGCUAUAGUAACAGAUAGAAAAACUUUGUAUGAAAGGCAGAAAGCCAAUGUUUGCGAUCCUGAAGAAUUAGAACGUUUGCAGGCAUUGAUAGAAGAAGAAAUUAGAAAGUCAAAAAGAUAUCAAAUAGAAAAUAUUCGAAGAAAGCAUAAUUAUUUACCACUAAUUAUGGAACUUUUGAAGAUUCUCGCUAAAGAAGGCAAACUUGUACCUUUGUAUCAAAAAGCAAAAGAAAAGUACUUGAGAAGGAGUCAAAGAAAAUAAAGUUUAACUUACAGACGAGAUCAAAAGAAAGAAAAAUUAAAGCAAAUGUAUCUUCUAUUUGUAUAUUGUUAUAGCAGAGAAAAAGGAUGCAUUGUAUCAAUCUUUUUUUUAAAUAAAUCUAUUUGCUUAAAUA